AUGGGUGAGGGUAAUCGGGAAACCCCCAAGAAGGAAAGGGAAUGUCCGUUCAUGUCUCGACGCCAGGUCGAGGGCCUGAUUGCCCAGGGACGCACGAUCACAAUCGUCGACCAGUUUGUUCUUCGGCUCGAUGGAUGGUUGGCCUACCAUCCCGGCGGUGACAAGGCCAUUCAACACAUGGUCGGUCGAGAUGCCACCGACGAGGUCACAGUUUUGCACUCACCCGAAGCGAAAGCACAAAUGAACCGGUAUCGAAUUGGCAGGAUCGAGGGGCAUUGGCGAAACUUUGUUCCUCCCAUUCAGGGUGGCAAGUUCAGAACUUUGGAGGAAGGCGACCCAGACAUCGACGAUGCGGAGGAAGACGUCUCGCUACGCUUCUUCGGUCCCUCGUCUCCCAGUGACGUGAGCUCGCGGGAGGCUUCCCCGGUCUUCGAUACCACCGACAGCAGCGUACGGCAACGACGAGGUGCACCUCAGAGCUCGAGCUCUGUGUCAUCAGCAACUUCGGACUGCGGCGACGAUGAAGAGAUGGACGGCACUGCGUUUCUAGAUUCGGAGACUCGCAAGAAAAUCAACCUCGAUCUUGACAAAUACCCACCCCUCGACGACGAGACCCAAACCGAGAUCGUGCGCAAGUACAGACUGCUGGAUCAGCGCAUCAAGGACGAGGGUCUUUACGAUUGUGACUAUCGUGCCUACGCCGUCGAAAUGACCCGCUAUACGCUCCUGUUCGUUGGCAUGCUGACGUUUUUGCGUUGGGGCUGGUACGUCCCGAGCGCGGCCUGUCUAGGAUGCUUCUGGCACCAGCUUGUAUUUUCAGCUCACGAUGCUGGUCAUAUGGGCAUCACGCACAACUUCCACGUCGAUACGUGUAUCGGCAUAUUCAUUGCCGACUUCAUGGGAGGCCUUUCCAUUGGCUGGUGGAAGCGAAAUCACAAUGUCCAUCACAUCGUUACCAACUCACCCGAACACGACCCGGAUAUUGAACAUAUGCCUUUCUUCGCCGUGUCCCAUCGCUUCCUCGGCAACUUGACAUCAUCUUACUACGAGCGCAUAAUGACAUACGACGCCGCGGCCAAAUUCUUCCUGUCCAUGCAGUCGUACCUCUAUUACCCGAUCAUGUGCUUCGGCCGUUUCAACCUUUACAGGCUCUCCUGGGACCAUUUGAUUUUCAGGCGCAGCCCCAAGAAAGGCAUUGCCUGGUGGCAUCACUGGCUUGAGGUGGCUGGACAGGUUUUCUUCUGGGCCUGGUUCGGCUACGGUGUCGUGUACAAGUCUAUCCCUAACAACUGGGACCGAUUCGUUUUUGUGAUGGUCAGCCACAUCCUACAGUCACCGCUGCACUGUCAAAUCACGCUAUCACACUUUGCUAUGAGCACCGCCGAUCUGGGCCCCCACGAGUCGUUCCCUCAGAAGAUGUUGCGGACGACCAUGGACGUUGAUUGCCCGUCAUGGCUGGACUUUUUUCACGGCGGGCUGCAGUUCCAGGUCGUUCAUCACAUGUACCCUCGCAUUCCGCGCCACAACCUGCGCAAGACGCAGAGAUUGGUGCAGGAAUUCUGCAACGACGUGGGCAUUCCUUACGCCCUGUACGGCUUCGUAGACGGUAACAAGGAUGUCAUCGGUCGCUUGGCCGAGGUGUCUCAACAAGCUGCCAUAUUGGCAAAGUGUCAAAAGGCUGUGGUCAAGAAUGGUGAUAUCCUCGGUGGACACCACUAA